UUCAUGUCGGUGGGCGCCAGUUUUGGGCUCCGCCCGCGUUACCGCGUGGCUCGACCGUGAUUUUCUGUCAACGUCAAGGGCAAUCAUGGAUUAAAGUUAUACCAUGAUCCUUAUCCCGUUAUGGACCGAUUCCCACUCCCCACGUACCUUCGCAGUGACGGAUACGGGAUUACACCUAUAAAUUCCAAACGCCCAAAGAGUGUCCGGGACGACUGCAACGCCCAAAGAAAAAGCCUUUUCGAGAAAAACCAAAAGAAAAUCAACGGACGGUUACAAAUUUUGCCGAGAAAAUGCAGCAAAAUCAACGUUUCCUCAUCCUCUUGCUGUCCCUCCUUUUCCUUCAUCUCAUUUUCUCCGACGCCCGGAAGGAAAAGGGUCCUCUCCUCGGAGGAUGGACACCGAUAGAGAACAUCAAGGACCCGCACGUGACCGAGAUCGCGGAAUUCGCGGUGUCCGAGUACAACAAGCAGUCGAAGUCGAGUUUGAAGUUGCAGAAGGUGGUCAAAGGCGAGACGCAGGUGGUUUCCGGGAUGAAUUAUCGGCUGGUUUUGAAGGCGACGGAUGGAGGAUCUGCGACCAAGACGUACCAGGCUGUCGUUUGGGAGAAGGCGUGGCAGAAUUACAAGAAUCUUACCUCGUUUAACCCUGUCAAGGGUUGAUUAUACUUACAACCUAGCUAGGGAAAGUUCACGUUCAUGUCAUCGGGUCUUUUUUAUGUUCGGUACUGUUAGACUACAUGGAGAAUAAAACGUCACUGAGAAAUUGCUUUGCCUGUU